CUUUGACUGGAGAAUAUUAAUUCCUCAGUCAAGACGCGGGGUGGCGCUGCAGGCUAAGAUUGUGAAUAAAGAGCCCUAAAAAGCUCCGGUAUUCCUUUGUUACAAAAAGGAAUAAAAAAUACACGCGAGAGGCUUUGCCAGCCCUGCUGGGUUACCAGCGAGUUUGGGAUGCAAUAUACUAAACGAAUUUAAGAUUAAAGGCAACUUUGUGGACUCCACCAAACAAGAAGUCAGAAUUUUAUAUCUCCAGACUUCGUGGUUCCUAGGAGGGAUUGGAUAUAAGCACCGGGUCUCCAACAUGGAGACGCUAGAGAGAAUUCAACCAAACAGGCAAGUGAUGGCCUUUAUUUUGAUGGUGUUCUUGUCUCAGGCUCGCGCCGAGCCUAUGCGUUAUUCUGUGAUGGAAGAAACAGAGAGUGGCUCCUUUGUAGCCCAUCUGACCAAAGAUCUGGGCCUGGGAAUUGGGGAACUGGCCGCCCGAUCGGCCCGGGUGGUGUCUGAUGAUGACAAGCAGCGCUUGCAGCUGGAUCGUCAGACCGGAGAUUUGCUUUUGAGGGAGAAACUAGACCGGGAAGAGCUAUGUGGCCCUGUUGAACCGUGUGUACUGCUUUUCCAAGUGUUCCUCGAAACGCCGGUUCAAUUUUUUGAAGGAGAGUUAUCAAUCCAGGACGUAAAUGACCACUCCCCAGUGUUCCCGACUAGGGAGAUGCUCUUGAAAAUACCGGAAAACAGCCAGCCAGGGACUCUGUUUCCGUUGAAACUAGCUCAGGAUUUGGAUGUGGGCAGCAAUGGUCUUCAAAAAUACACUCUCAGCCCCAAUUCUCAUUUUCAUGUAGUAACUCGAAUUCAUAGUGAGGGCAAGAAAUACGCAGAUUUGGUGCAGGACAAAGCGCUGGAUCGAGAGGAGCAGUCUGAGUUCAGCUUAACCCUCACAGCACUGGAUGGUGGGUCUCCGCCUAAGUCUGGCACCAUGACAGUGCAAAUCCUGAUCAUAGACGUCAAUGACAAUGCUCCAGAGUUUGUGCACACCCCAUAUGAGGUGCAGGUCUUGGAAAACAGCCCCCUAGGCUCCCCAGUACUUAGAGUCUCAGCUAGAGAUAUAGAUGCUGGAAACUUCGGGAGUGUUUCAUAUAGCUUGUUCCAAGCAUCAGAUGAAAUUAAACAAACUUUCUCAAUAAAUGAAGUCACAGGAGAAAUCCGAUUGACAAAGAAACUGGAUUUUGAACAAAUUAAAUCUUACCACGUGGAAAUUGAGGCUAUAGACGGAGGAGGCCUUUCUGGAAAAGGCUCUGUAGUCAUAUACGUGGUGGAUGUGAACGACAACGUCCCUGAACUUACCAUAACUUCACUCACCAACUCCGUCCCAGAAAAUGCGCCUGAGACUGUAGUCUCUGUCUUCAGAAUUCGGGAUCGAGACUCUGGAGACAAUGGGAAGAUGAUUUGCUCUAUUCCAGAUGAUCUGCCGUUCCUUCUGAAACCGACUUUCAAGAAUUUCUACACCCUAGUAACAGAGAGCCCCCUCGACAGAGAGAGUCAGGCCGAGUACAACAUCACCAUCACCGUCACCGACCUGGGGGGUCCGUUUCCGGGCCACCUGGUGGACGUCAGCGGCGCGGGGACCUUGUCUCACAGCUACCAGUAUGACGUGUGCCUGAGGGGAGGAUCUGGGACCGGUGAGUUCAAGUUCUUGAAGCCAAUAUUUCCCAACCUCUUGAUUGAGGACACUGAGAGAGAAAUUCAAGACAACCCCAACUGCAGGAAUAGCUUUGUAUUCAGUUAA